GAUAAGCAACGUGCGGCGGCGGCGAUUUUCGGUUGUUUUUUGAAACAAAUAUUGCUUGUGUUGUGGGCUGGGGCACUCAAUUAAAUUCAUAAAUCGAUUAUAGAAAGUCGGAGACCUCCGAAGAAUAUCAAAGAUGUCGUUUUUGAUGAAAGCAGCCGCCACAGUGCACAGAAUCGCUCAUAAGGUGCCCGUCCGCCAUCUGAAUCUCCUCGAGUUCCAGAGCAAAGAUCUCCUCCAAAAGUUCGGGGUGGCCAUUCAGCAGUUCAAGGUCUUGGACAACUCCAAAGCCGAUGCAGAUGUGGUGAAAAGUUUUGAGUGCCCGGAAUAUGUGGUCAAGGCGCAGAUACUCGCCGGGGGGCGUGGCAAGGGAACAUUCGAUAAUGGAUUCAAAGGCGGCGUGCAUAUCACCACAGACAAGAGCGAGGUGCUUUCGCUCAGCCACAAGAUGAUUGGCAAUCGACUGAUAACCAAACAGACGCCCAAAUCUGGAAUUCUUGUCAACAAGGUCAUGGUGGCCCGCAGUGUCAACAUCACCCGGGAGACUUAUCUGUGCAUCCUGCUGGAUCGCGAGCAUAUGGGACCUGUUCUGAUUGCUUCCCCGGCUGGUGGCAUGGAUAUCGAAGCCGUGGCAGAGGAAACCCCCGAAAAAAUCAAGACUGUUCCGCUCGACAUUGGCAAACCCAUUCCAGAAGCAACGCUGAUUGAAGUGGCCAAAUUCUUAGAGUUCAAGGGUGAUGCUGUCCAGCGCUGUGCCGACGAAAUCCAGAAACUGUAUACCCUGUUUAAGUCGGUAGAUGCAGUGCAGAUUGAGAUCAAUCCUCUUGCCGAGACGGACAAGGGAGAAGUUAUCUCUGUGGAUGCGAAGCUAAAUUUCGAUGACAAUGCCCAGUUCCGGCAAAAGGACAUCUUCGAAAUGGACGUCACCGAAGAGGAAUCCGAUCCCCGAGAAGUGGAGGCCUCCAAAUAUAAUCUUAACUAUGUGGCCAUGGAUGGAAACAUUGGGUGCUUGGUGAAUGGCGCUGGACUGGCCAUGGCCACCAUGGACAUUAUAAAGUUGAAUGGCGGUGAGCCAGCCAACUUCUUGGAUGUGGGCGGUGGUGUCAAGGAGGAUCAGGUGGCCAAGGCUUUUGAGAUUCUAACCUCCGAUCCGAAAGUCAAGGGAAUCUUGGUCAACGUUUUUGGCGGCAUUGUAAACUGCGCCACCAUUGCCAAUGGAAUCGUGGCUGCCUCCAAGAAACUGCAACUAAAUGUUCCACUCGUCGUUCGGUUGGAGGGCACCAAUGUGAAUCAGGCUCGCGAAAUCCUCAAGAAUUCUGGGCUGCCCAUUCAGACGGCCAGUGACUUGGACGAUGCCGCCCAUAAGGCGGUGGCAGCUCUUAACUGAGAUGGAAUUACAAAAAUGGGGAAAAUGUCUUCCAGAUCAUCGCGACGCACAUUUUAGCAUUUACAAUGGACAGGCCUUUUAAAUCUAAGUUUUAAAAAAGACUAUAUUGGAAAUAUAUUUUAUUUUUAAAUAA